AUUUCAAUCGGAUAAUAAAUGGUUGAUAACAGACCACACACACUCACAACACCGCUUGCUGAAUUCCAGAUAAGCCUCUCUCUCUCCAAACCCUAAACCUACUCAACAUCAUCAAUCUAGUUUGCUCCACACAUGGAAUCACUACUCUCUCAAUCCACUUCCAUUCACCCUCUCUUCUUCUUCAAUCCAAACCAAUCAACAACACUUCGUCCCCAAUUCAAACCCCGCCCUCCUCGCCGCCCCAAUCUCUCCGUAUAUUCAAUCGAAAAGAACAGUUUUUUCCCCGCAAACAAUCAAGAUCGAUGGCAACAGCCGAGAACGCUGUUUCCGGGAGGGUACAAGAGGCCGGAGAUCAAAGUACCCAAUCUUAUUCUCCAAUUGAGCCCCGAAGAGGUGUUGGAGGAUACAAGUGUUGUGGAUUUGAUUGACGAGGCGGUUUCGAGGCGGGUUGGGGUUGUGGUGCUCAAUGGGGGUGUUGGAAGUGGUGGGAAGCUGUACGAGGCUGCUUGUUUGUUGAAGUCUGUGGUUAGGGACCGGGCUUAUUUUAUGAUUUCUGAGCGCGUUGAUAUUGCUUCUGCUGUUCAUGCCAGUGGUGUUGUCCUCUCUGAUCAAGGUCUUCCUGCCAUUGUGGCAAGGAGCACAAUGAUGGAUUCCAAUUCUGAUUCAGUAGUUCUUCCGUUGGUAGCAAGAAACGUGCAAACUUCAGGUGCUGCUUUAAAUGCGUCUAAUUCUGAAGGUGCUGAUUUUCUUAUCUAUAGGAUUGAUGGAGUAAAACAUGCUGAGGAACUCGUGAGAUUUGUUUUGGACAAUGUGAAAAUUCCAAUCUUUAUCAUGAUCUCAUUGCUUGGAUUUGACAUAUUAUCUAGUGAAGCUGCAAAAUUACUUAAAUCAGGAGCCAGUGGUUUAGUGAUCUCAUUGGAAGAAUUGAAAUUGUUCUCUGAUGAAGUCCUGAGCAAAUUGUUUUACAAUGCACAUCCAUCGAAUGAGAGAGGACAGGAAAAAAUUCUAAGCAGUGAUAAGCUCAAACUAUUGAAUGUUGACAAUGGCUUUCCUGGGAAAAAGGGGGUGGCUGGCUUUAUUAAAUUGGAGGACAGAGAACGUCAGUUGAUAGAAAAAGAGAAGUUGGUGUUGCUUGAAGUGAUAGAUGUUAUGCGGGAAGCUGCACCACUGAUGGAGGAGGUCUCACUUCUAAUCGAUGCUGUUUCUCAACUUGAUGAGCCAUUUUUUCUGGUUAUAGUGGGUGAGUUCAACUCCGGCAAAUCAACCGUCAUUAAUGCACUACUUGGAAAUAAAUAUUUAAAAGAUGGGGUUGUUCCCACAACAAAUGAGAUCACUUUCUUACGUUAUUCUGAGUUGGAAUCUAACCAGCAACAACGUUGUGAAAGGCAUCCGGAUGGUCAAUACAUAUGUUAUUUACCUGCUCCAAUUCUUAAAGAAAUGAAUAUUGUUGAUACACCCGGAACUAAUGUGAUUCUUCAACGGCAACAACGCCUGACUGAGGAAUUUGUGCCCCGUGCAGAUUUGCUUCUUUUUGUUAUGUCUGCUGAUCGCCCAUUAACUGACAGUGAGGUUUCUUUUCUCCGUUACACUCAGCAGUGGAAGAAAAAAGUUGUGUUUGUGUUGAAUAAAUCUGAUCUCUAUCAGAAUUCUAAUGAGCUCGAGGAAGCUAUUGUUUUUGUCAAGGAAAAUACCCAGAAGUUGCUUAAUUUAGAAAAGGUGACAAUAUAUCCUGUAUCUGCACGAUCUGCCCUCGAAGCAAAACUUUCAGCUUCCUACCAUGUUCAAAAAGAGAAUGAAGAACUAUCUACGACUGAUCCUCAUUGGAGAACCAGUAGUUUCUAUGAAUUUGAAAAGUUUUUGUAUAGUUUUUUAGAUGGGUCAACAAGUACGGGAAUUGAAAGAAUGAAGCUCAAGCUAGAAACACCUAUUGCAAUUGCAGAACAACUGCUUUCUGCUUGCCAGGAGCUUGUGAAAAAAAAGUGCCAGUGUGCCAAGCAGGACUUGAUAUCAGUAAAUGAACUAGUUGAUAGUGUGAAAGAGUAUGCAAUGAAGAUGGAAAGUGGGAGCAUUUCGUGGAAGAGACAGACUUUAUCACUGAUUGACAGUACACUUGCACGUAUUGUCAAGGUUAUAGAAUCAACUCUACAAUUAUCAAAUCUUGAUCUUGUUGCCUCAUAUGCUUUCAAAGAGAAAUCUGCUCCAAUGCCCGCCACCUCAAUUACUCGAAAUGACAUUAUUGGUCCUGCACUUUCUGAUGCACAAAAACUACUUGGGGAAUAUUUGACAUGGUUGCAAUCAAGCAAUACCCGCGAAGGAAGGCUGUAUAAGGAAUCUUUUGAGAAAAGAUGGCCUUCACUAGUUGAUCCACAGAAACAGGCUCAAUUGGGGAGCAGUGAGUUGCUGAUGAGAAAAUCUGAAGAGAGUGUAAAAGUGAUAGAGAAUUUCAGUGCUGCUGCUGCUUCCAAACUGUUUGAGCAAGAAAUUCGUGAAGUUUUUUUGGGUACUUUUGGUGGAUUAGGAGCAGCUGGUCUAUCUGCAUCACUUCUGACAUCUGUGCUACCUACCACAGUAGAAGAUCUUCUUGCUCUUGGCCUUUGUUCUGCUGGCGGAUUAUUGGCAAUUUCGAACUUCCCAGCCCGUAGACAAAGGAUGGUAGACAAAGUGAAAAGGACUGCUGAUGGCUUGGCUCGGGAACUAGAAGAAGCAAUGCAGAAGGAUCUCUUGGAGACAACUGAGAAUCUAGAAAACUUUGUGAAACUCAUUGGCCAGCCAUACCAAGAUUUAGCAGAGUGUAGUUUAAACGAACUUUCGGAGACUCAAGAGAAAUUAAAAGACGUUGAGAAAGAACUUGACAAAUUACGGAUUGAAAUCCAAAAUCUUCAUGUAUCGUGAUCACAUACGGUUUCUAUAUUAAUUCAGGGAGUGAGAUGUUGUUUCAUGUAUUUAGUAUUGUUGAAAUUAAAAAAAGUUGUGUUUAGUAUUGUUCAUGAAGAUCAGGCGUUGGGUGUGCCUGUGUGCACUUUUGUAUGUGCCUGGCUAGUUUUGGUAAGAUUAAAAUAAAUCAAACUAUUUGAGUUUGAGUCA